GACUUUUUGGUCAACCUGAAUCUCAAUCCAACCCACCAGCUUCACACGUCCACGAAAUUCACAUCAUGGCGGCCGGCGUCGCCUCUUUACGAUGCUCGCUCAGAGCGGUAUCGGGUGAUCUGUUCCAAAUCUCGCGUCCCCGACUCAGCCAACUCGCCGGCGCGACGACCUCGCGGUUUCUGACCACCUCGACCACCCGAGCUGCGGCAGCAGAGACACACUCCUACUCGCCGGAGCAGCCACCAACAUGGUCGCAGACCAAAGAGAAGACUCGUCUCGUCCCCGUCUCGGCCUCCUACUUCACCGGCAACUCCGACUUCUACGAUAACUGGCUGGCCCUGCAGGACCUGCAGCGAAAGUACCAGACACUCCCUACGGUGCCCAUGGCCGAGGCACCCCCGGCGAAAUGGAAGACGUUGGCACAGUACCGCGGAAUCGUCGGUAUGUCGGUCAAGGCUGCCCGCUACAAGAAGAUUAUCGACAUCCUCGACCGGCUCAAUUGCAUCAAUCCCGCCGUGAUCCCCGAGGACGUGCGCAUGGCGCUCGACAUGUACCGACGUGAUCUGGCCCAGGCCGAGAACCAGGGGAAGCCGAAGGUUUUGGAUCAUCUGGGAAGGGCUAGGGGUGUCGGACGGAGAAAGACUUCGGUGGCCAGGGUGUUGCUCUCAGAGGGAACUGGGCAGGUGCUCAUCAAUGGAAAGCCGCUCGCGGAUGUCUUUGAACGUGUGCAUGAGCGCGAGAGUGCUGUCUUCCCGUUGAUUGCCACGGAACGCAUGAGCAAGUACAAUGUCUGGGCUUCGGUCAUGGGAGGUGGAAAGACGGGUCAGGCGGAGGCGUUGACUCUAGGUGUUGCACGGGCUUUGCUCGUUCACGAGCCAGCAUUGAAACCGGCCUUGCGAAGAGCUGGUGUUGUUACCCGUGAUCCCAGGAUGGUUGAACGUAAGAAGCCUGGUCACGUUAAGGCUCGCAAGAUGCCUGCCUGGGUCAAGCGUUAAGAUGGAGGAAGUUUUUGCAUUGUAUAUUAGACCGGUGUGUAAUAUCCUCAAUGACUCUAGAGCUCAUGUCAUGAGAUUUGAGAUGCAAGU